UUAAAUAGAGCUGCAAAACACUCCCACCAAGUAUUUGCCGGAGAGGUAAGAUACAGCAAGUAAAGCACAGUCAAGAGUGAAGACAAUGUUUGCGAAGCAAGUCUUCGGUUACUUUGCUUUUCAGGUGUUAUUGUUGCAGCUCACUACAGGUAAGUGUCUAAGCUAUUGAAUGAUUCUUGACUACUGAUUUCUUACAGUUUCUGCAAGAGAAGAAACAUUUUGUAAAACAACUUGAUUAUUUAUUCACGUUGCAUUUAGAAAAUGUUCAGGGAGGUUCUACCUUUUUGAACUGUCAGAAAUGACCGCGAACCCACAAAUUUAAGAAAGUAGAUGAUAGUGAAAAAUGUCUUAACUUUAUGUGUGUAUCCGUUCUUAAAUACGAAUGAUUCCUUGGUAAAGGUUUGUGUUAAGGUCCAUUUCGUUUCAUUUAUGAACUGGGACAUGAAGCAAUCCCUUGGAGUCAAUAUCGAGUGGUUACAAUUAGGUUUAUUUGUCUGUGCAAUGACUGUAUACAAGGUCGAUGAAAGGGAACGCAUACAGAUGACAGGGUAUUACUUCAAUGCAAUUAAAUGAUAUUUGUCUUUAAAAUACUUUUAACUUUUUUUGCAUGUAUGGUAUUCAAGCGUAUGUCUUUCAAACUGGGAAGGUGAAUAUUUCCGACACAUCCCAAAACAACCAUGGCUGCCAGACCGUUUCUUUCAAUACUCAGUUCCAGGGUUCUGGAGAUGUAAAGGUGUUUGCAACGCUUAGCCACGGAAGCGAACAUGUCAAAAUCCACGACCCAGCGUCUGUUUGGGUGAAGUCAGUGUCCACAUCUGGUUUUGAUGCCUGCGUUCGUGAAGCAGGCAGUGGUUCUGGAGGCGCGUCUGUGAUCAACUGGCUUGCCUUUCAAGGUUCGCACCAAGGUCUUGAUUCAGGAAUCGUUGAAUUUGAUGAAUUUACCUCAAGAACCCAGUGCAAGAAGAUAUCGCUUAGUAUUCAGAAUAAGGUGAGAUGGUAAAGUAGGUGCAUUCAAUCAGUCAUUUUAACAUACUUACAGGUGACAAACAAUACAUCCUCACUUGGAAAAAUCGAUCAGGCAUGGAGGAAGGGGCCUUAAGCCUAAAGGUACAUGUAGAAUCGAGAAUUCGGAAGUCCCAUGCUUUACUGUCGUAAUUAGUCACUUAGAAGGAACUUUGAAAAUGUCACAUCAGGGUUAUGUAGAAUCCCAGACCUUACAUUUUCAUUCUUCUUUUUUUUUCUGUCAUAGAUAAUUGUUCUUUUGUUAUACUCUGUCUUACUUAGGCGAGACCCCAAGUGUUUGUGACUGUUCUACAUAAACAUUCCGACCGACCAUUUGACUCCAUGAACAUUUGGCUAGAAGACGUCAAAAAGGAUGGUUUUGUGGUUUGCUUGAGAGAGUUUAUGAGCUUUGACGGCAUCCAUUCAGGUCUCAAAGUGGUAAGUUGAAAUUAGAGAAGUCUGAGGUGACUGAGUCUUUAUUGCUCUAUUCAUGAAAUUACCACGCAGGGUUUGUGUGGCAAAGAAGUCCACCUUGGGGUAACUAAAGGCUGCGUUCCAGUACAUGUGGCAUCGCACACUACACUUCUAUGUACAAUAAAUUCUAUAUCGUGCUUCUUCUCCAACUUGUAUUACAAAAAUUAAUAUAUCAAAAACAACAAUGAAAACAAGAAAAUCGAUUCAGUUAACUUCUUAAGUGCUAGUUUAUUUAGGUUAGAUAUACCUGUUCCCAACGCUUUUUGCAGCACUUCUGUCUGUCGGAACUCUCCAUCUCAGGACGACGAAUAAUGAUAAUAAUCGUCCGCAAAUCUGCAAAUAAAUUUGUGUAUAUUCUCUUUUUUUAAAGAACUGGCUUGCGUAUGAUGUGCUCCCGGGGUCUUGGAAUAUUACUGAAAGAGGGAAGCUUCAUUUUUCUGGACUUGGUGCACCAAAGAAAGAAAACAACUAUGCUUUUUGUCAGGUUGGAAAGACUAACGGUCUUCUACAUGUAUGAGCCUCUGUUUAGUUUAGUACAGCUCAAGGGAAAACGUGUAUCGCCCAUUUCCAAGAAACACUAUAGCGGUCUGUUUCUAUAAUGAAUGUACGGUUAUCAGUGACAAAAUAGGGUUUAUCGCCGGUAUCGUUGAUCUUGAUUUCCGUUGCACACUGUAUUUGAAUUGUACAAUAGUGCAUCCAGCAGCAGUCUUUAUAAACCUUGAUGUUGCACUAUAAUCACUUUUAUUUAUUCCUUUUAGAAAACUUGCAAAACUUUAAGAGGAAAAACACUUUUACCCAUUAUUAUAGGCAAGUUAAAUAGGAACUGUCUUACAUAACAACAACAACAAACAAAAACGUUAUUGACAGCAAUGAAACCCAUAACACAUACACACUACCUACAUUUAGCAAAAGCUAUGGGAGGCAGGCAGUGUACACGAACUGAUGCAUUUUUAAAUGUCUUAACUGUUAAAACAAGAAAAAUACAGAAAGGCCUAUGAAUUUCAAUACUUUUUCUUAAACUGAGGUCGGAAUAAAAAGGUGAUAAGCUUUGAAUAAGGAUUUAACUAUGCAUUUUUGUGUAAUGAUGGUUUCAGGAUUAUAAAUUCGAAAAUCCAUUUUACGAGCCUCCUAGUGUUCUCGCGUCUGCCAGACAUGACAACGACACCAGUGCUCUGUGGAUGAAGGCUGAUGGUCGUUUUAGCAACGCUUUAAAUGUUUGGAUCGAGGUAAGUAAUUUUCUAGACCAUAUACAGCCAUUUAUCUUUCCUCAUUUAUUGAAACUGAUUUUAGGGUUCUGUUUUCAAUUGCCUCCACACUCCAAGUAGCUGAGUGAAAAUGAAUUAAGCGCUCGAAGUGGCAGCACCACUUUUAAGUUACAUUUAACUUCAAUCAAAUUCUUCAGUCAUCACUGUCGCUUUAACUACGGAUUUGUACCGAGCAGUUUUUAAUUUUUAAUUUCAAAUGUGGGCUGGAGAAAGAGUGGCGAAUAAGAGACCUUCCUUUAGUUUUAGUAAAAUUGGGUCAGUCGAGAAAAUUGACUUGGAUAGUUCUAAAAAGUUUUUUUUCUGCACACACUUUUCUCGCUUUUGGAUUUCUUACCCCACAAGAGAAAUACCCACGCCCUAGAAAUCUAGGAACUAGGAACUUACUUAACACGCAGAAAGCUCCACCGUUUUUUUUUCACUUUACUUGGUAGAAUAAGGAAUUCUUUGAACUGCCAGAUACUUACUUUUUAGUUAAAAAUUUAAUAUUAGUUCAUUGUUUAGGAAUUCUAUAAAAUCUUUUGUAACUUAAGUUUGACGGGGAUAGUAUAUUGAUCGAUUCAUUUCCUGAGUCCUCAAAUCGAACUGAACAGUAUUUCUUGCUAACUCUCUAGUAGUUAUACCUGAAUGAAGUUGUUGUCUUCUAGGAAAUUACUCGUUUAUCUUUCAAAGUGUGCAUCAAGGACAGCCAGGGAAUUAGCAAGUCUCAUGAUCCAAUUACAGUGGACUAUGCAAUUGUGGGAGGUACUUUGUUAUUUUCAUUGCAUACCAAAAAAAAAUCGUCAAGAUAAGAAGUAGUUUCAAAGUCGAAAAAAGAAGAACAAAACAAAAAAGACAGGUUUUUUGGGUAUAUACACAUGUCGUGAAGGUCUAACAAAAUGCAUUUUCUUUUAUAUUUCUUCUGACUUAAGUCUAGCCCCGCAUACCGAAUUGAGUAAUAUUUUUCCGAAAAGUGUAUUAUUUUAAGCACUUCAUGCUUCAGGAAGAUUUCUGAUAGGAGUUUAGGAAACAAAAUGUUAAAUUCCUGUCGUAAUCAGUGAUUUUGUAUUUUUUCUCAAAGAUAUUGACCCGUGCACAAAUGUUACUUGCGAUUACCAUGCCAUCUGCAAAGCUUUCUCUGCAUUUGAUGCCCGUUGUGUUUGUGAUGACAACUGCCCGUCGUACGAGGAGCCAGUGUGUUCAUCUAACUCGACAACAUUUAAGAACAAGUGCUUUUGUCUGCUGGACAUUUGCAGGCGCAAGAGUAAUCACACUCUCUAUCAUCCCGGUAGUUGCACAGGUAAGAGAGCGGAUUAUAAUGAUUUUUAAAACCAACUUAAACAGCGUAUGCAGAGCUCUAGUGUUAUGAGAUAUGGUGCUACUGAUGACUUUUGACAUCACUCAAUUUGGCGGCCAUCUUGGGCGCCAUCUUGGAAUUUACUGAGAAUUCCGUUUUAGGCAGUGCACAUGGCAUUUUCCAUGCUGGAGGUCUAAAAUAAUUCAUGAUUAAAUGAUUAUUAUAACAUAACAAAAGCAAACCGCGCGCUCUGAUUGGUCAGUUAGCCACUACCAUUUGCCCGUGGGUGCACGCCAAGGAACUAAGCUAGCGCGGUAAAAUUUAGGCAAAUUCAACAAAUCUCCUCUCCUGACGGUAAAAUACACAGAUGAAAUGCACAGAUGAAAAGUAGAAGUUGAAGAAAAUACUAAGCUGUCGUUUUGAAGGAACAAAGACAAAGGAUCAAGCGACAAAUUUGCCCCGGAUGAAUUAAUCACUGCUUUCCUCGCGGCUAGAAUCGGCUGAAGGAAAAUCGAGCGAGCGAAGAUUUAAGGUACAUUUUGUAUGUUUUUUUAUAGAAGAGAAAUUCUGUUUGAAAUGUAAAUUUAUCAAUUAGCAUUGUGUUAUUGACCUUUUGGUCAAGCUGACGCUAAAUUCAAGCAAAUAUUUUAGGAAACACGCCCAAAUUCGAGCCAGCUUUGUUUUAAGUUUUCAUCGCAUCGAUUAAAAAUUUUAGUUGAGUUUAAACGGGCACAUUACGCUGAAAUAAGCGAAUUUCAUUUGAGUACAGAAACAUUUGGGUUUUCAAAUAAAUUUCUCAAAAAAUGACUUCUGUGUGUAUUAUUUUGUUCCCCGGUGUUCAUUCAUAACAGUCGUUCAGAGAACGGUCGAAAAACAACAGCUUCAGCGCCGGCUGUGUCGGCGAAUUUCAGUUUUAACUUUGACUUUCAUAGCUGGAUUUCCCCAGACAGAUUUCGAUACAAAGCUAGUUAAUUUCUUUUUAAAAUUAGUGUUACCUGUUAUUCUAAAGGAAUUACCUUUAAAUUUUCUCAUUUCUACUUUGCGUUUAUUUCAAAAAUUGUCACAUAAAUAAGAUUGAUAAUUAUUUCAUUUGUUUAGUUUUAGCUUGUUUUUAAAGUCUUUCUAGUUGGUGUUUAUAGUUGCAGCUAUAGUUUUCCCUCAAAGUUUUUACCCUAAUAUUAACAGCAAGUAGACAGAUGCCAUUCAGAAUAACAACGAAAAACGUUUUGCAAUUUACCUUAAGACGGAGAACGGUUGAUUCAGCGAAAGAAAAACUCAAAGGCAAGUUUUUGAAAAACAUAGAACACGAUUUGUUUACGCGCGGGCAGGUGGCAGCAUACUUGGACUCGUACGAUGACUCAACCGAAGGGAAAUGGAAAAUAAUGUUUUUCUCUUUUGAUUAUGUUAUAAAAGAAAUGGUAAACGUUGCAGCUGUGCAACCAUGGAGUUAUGGAUGCACUUGGGAGGUUUGCUAAGCACUCAAGAAGCUAGAGUCGCACUCGGCUAUCGCCUCGUGCUACUCUUACGCUUCUUUCGUUGCACGUUUACCAUUUCUUAAUUUUUCUUAUUUUGGUACUGUUUCGAACGCAGUAAAGUGCCAAUCAUAUAGUGCCACUAUAUGAUUGUGUGACUGUACAAUCAGCCUCUAACUUUAAAACUCCUCGCAUAUAGAAAGGAUUUUCUAUGUUGUUUUUCCUAUCCUCAUCAGGUAUUUGCAGGGUGCAUCUUUUUUCUGUCUUCAUGUUAACUUUUUUUGCUGUUUUUGUUUAUUUUUUCGCUUUCAGCUCUAAUUAGCAUUGUUUUUCUUGUUGUUGUUGUUGUUCCUCUACAGGUUUUCCUGUUCAGACUGGGCGAGUUUCACUGAAAAGACAUGUACAGUGGGCAGAGACGGCCUGUGAAGUAGUGAAAUUUACACCGUUUUCAUUCUAUCCGGACAAAGAAGUGCACGUACAAAUAACGACCAAUCACUGGAACAUAAGCAAGAAAAAUUUUAUACAUGAUGCUACUGUGUCCUGGGUGCAAACUGUUAACUUCGAGAAUUUUGAGGUGAAUAUUUUAAAGGAAGUUUUCAAUUCAAGUAUUACUUCAAGUAGUAAUUAGUGCGGCUCUGUUCAUUUGUCUUACAUCUCCAAGAGCUCUUGUUUACCUGUCAUAUUUCUGGCCAGUAAAAUACUAUUUGAACAUAUUUUAUUUUCACAACGAGUUACUAGCGGAGAUUUCGCGUCUUGCGCGCGCAGAGGGGCACUAUGGGUAAGAAAAUUUGGUUAUCUAUGCAUCCAAGAAACUUUGGUUACUAACAAAAUCGUGCGUACGUACGUAGGACCGCGUCUUCACGUUAACGGAUGUGAAAUGUGUUACUAGCUGUAAGUCCUAAACAUAUACAAAUUGUGUUUAACUCGAUUUUGGACAUCCAUGUUAUAAUCAAUUGACAGCUGUCAAAGUAGGGCAUCCCCAGACCAGUGUCACACGACUUUAUUGCGGGCUCAGGUGUGCUACUUAUUGAGGUGACAGUUUUUUAAGUUCUCAGCUGACCAGUUAUAGAAUCAAGUGAUCGCAGGCUGGGAAAACUUUUUUCCAGCAAGUCAGUUACCACGAGAGCUCCGCUUUUGACCUUGGCUAAAUCUAUAUAUCACCUUACCAUAUAAAAUAAACAUUAGCCAUUACAUUUAAUAUUUAGGUGUGCGUGACUGCAGCAGGAAGAAAUGAUCGCUUAAUCAAAGAAUUUGCCACGGUGGACUGGAUGGCCUACCAAGGUGCUCCUGAUGGAGGUGUGGCGGGUAAAAUGAGCAUUCCAGACUGGUGGACUGGAUCACAGUGCUCGAAAGUCAGCCUUCCUCAGGCAAUAACACUUUAUUGCUACCUCUCAGCUGCAUCUUGUUUCGUUGCAUAAACCAGAAAAAAUAAUGACCUUUAGUUAAGUUUUUCAAUAAGGUGAACAUUUGUUAUGCUGAUGUUGUAAGUACCAAACACUCCAUUGUUAUCCAAUCAAAGAUAUCGUACUUGGACUUGGACUUGGACUUGGACAUGAGCUGCAAAGAGGCAGCCCAGUUCUGUCCGCGAAAUUCUUUCUGACACAUAGGCCAUGUUUAAACCUUGUUUUUUAAUCAGAUUUUACACUUUUUGUCAGAAGGGGGAGAUAUUCUUAAAAAAAAAGUAUUAUUUAAUACAAAAAAUAGGAGAAAGAAACUUGUACGGUCUAGGGCUAAAUUUGACAGUUCGCGUUCAAACAGAUGACCACGGUCCGAUGUCCUAUGAGCGUCACUAGUAUCAUGUGAAAUUUUUAUUUAUUUCAAAUUUUACACAUGCCAUUCUCCCAAUCGUCUUUGCUGUGCAUACUUAAUAAUUACCAAUUAAACUUUUUUUACUGUACAGGUUAUGAAUGUUUUUUUUUUUAACAGGGAAAAUUUGCGUCUACACCAACGGUCCUGGUUACAGCAGAACAUAUAAGUGCAGACUUUAAGCAUCACUGAAGCAUGAUGCCGCAAGUUUGUGGGUGGAAAACGCAACCAGUUCCUCCUUUUACAUUUGUCUUCGAGGACUACAGAAUUAUGAUGGUCUACAUGAAGAUAUCUUUGUGGUAUAUGUUUUCUCCUUUAUAAAUAUAUCUGUCUGGAGUUUGCUAAAACGUGGCUAAAGAAAUUUCAAGUGCAUUUUAUUAGUUUGAUAUCUGAGUCGAAUGGAAAGCAAUUAAAAGUUACUAGCUGACAACUUUAUUGCUGGCAACAGACGGUAAAUUCCUCUCUCAGAAGUAAGAGGAUUUUGCGAUAAAAUAAACAACAUUUGAAACGUCCAGACAUUAUAACCUUUUAGUCAGCCAAACCUUGAGGCCCCAUAGCCAAGUGUCUGCCGAAAACAGAUUAAGAAGCCACAAUAUUUGAGCAUAGAAUAGGCUUUCUAAGCCAAAAUCAUCUAAACUAACUCUCACAAAGCGUUUUUAUGCUUGGCACAAAGUAAUCUGUUAACACGAGCUCAACCACAUACCUGACUUUUGUCUGUCAACACCUUCGGUAAAUCACACAAUAAAAUCACUUUCGAUGCAAUCACAACACUUCCAAAAUCCACUCAUAAUAUUUCCACAUUUAACACGGGCGAGACAUCGUCAAAUUACAUGGAGCAAUAAAAGCCCGGUCUGAAUAGGAUCAAUCAUAAAAUACGUUAAAUGAGAUCUCACAAGUAUUGUGGAUACAACUUACAAAUCGUUUUUCGGGAACAUAGCUUAACUAUUUCCACACGGGCUUUACGUAUGAGAUAGCAAUCCAUUUUUGAUUGCUAUCCCUCUCUUUAGAGUUGGAUGGCCUUUGAAAAAAUACACAUUCCCCUUUUCGCUGAGAGCAAACACGUGGAUUUUCCAAACAACGAUUCCGUUUCUACAAGCUACAAUGGUGCAUUUUGCAAGGUAAGAAGCACUUUACUUUUAAGCAGAAGAAAGCUCUGUAACUAUUUAGAUGGAACAGCAGAGAAAAAACCGUAAUCAACCCCCUGGGGGUACUCCCUUAUAUAAGCUAUAUAAGUAUGUGCCGCUCCAUCGGGUAGGGUUUUUGCGCCGUUUUGGUCUGACAACGGGUAUACACUUUGCCCAUUUUGGUCUGUAAUGAGACCAUGAAAGGAACUUGUUUUUUGACAGUUCAUCAAAGCCGUCGGAAAAAAAUCUUCAACAAAGAAGUGUUUUUGGUACUCAAAAAUUACCUGUUCCUUCGAGUCGGCGCAGAUAAAUUCCAGCCACCAAUUAUAUGACCAUGCAUUGAUGAAAAUGGAUGGUGUUUCAAAGUUUAUAUCAACAGCCUUCUUUAUGCCCUUAGGACGUCCCAUUUGCAAAGAAUUACGACAACGAACCCAUAGUAUUAAUAGCAGCCGGUCACAACUCAGAAGGCAACAAUUUGAAGCCCAUAUACAUGUCCGUGACCCCAUGGAUUGAGGUAUUCUCAAGUUAUUGAACUAAUAUACAACACACUUUUAUCAAAAUAAGUAACAUCAAGCUGAUAACCCUGUAGCAAAUGCGCAAAUGAGUUAAAUUACACCAAGGUCUGUUCAUGCAAUCUGUUUAUCAGUCAUAGUCGCGCAGCGAAACAUUCCAUCUAUUUGUUCAUCUGUUAUUCAAAGUCAGUUUCCCAAUUUCUUUAUUUUUUGUUUAGAUACGAAAACGACUCUGAGCUAUUACUGUUCUUGUAAGCGAAAUAUAUGAUGUUAGAUGAUUUGCUUAUUAUUUUACAGCACAUCAAGACUAGCGAAUUUCGCGUUUGUCUCAAGGAGUUGUUCGCUGACCAGCAUGAUCCUGUGAAUGUGUCCUAUACAAUAUUAGCAGGUGCGUUAGUAAAUAUAAAAACAAAUUUUCUUUGCGAAGAUCUUCGCAUACUCAGCAAGCUUUGGUAGAUGUCAAGUAAACUUAGAGACUCCUUGUUUCAUAUCUCCUUUAAGUAAUCACCAGUAAAUGUAUUUUCUCAGUUCCUACUUACUACAAGUAACGGUUUCUAUUUCCAAAAACUUCUCGGUCAGCUCGAACUUUUCAUGGAACGAACGAAACUCUAAUUUGAGUCGACCUAACUUGAGUUAAGAUCGGCUGCUGGGUCAGACGUCGAUCUUUAUAGGACGCGUCGAACCAAUCAACUAAAUCAGAUAAGUAAUAAAAUUAUUUUCUCCCGAACGAUUUUACAUAGAUUAUCGAACAUUUUUUUUAAAUUUAUUAGUUUAGUACGUCACAUGUGAAGAUCGACGCUUGUCCCGGAAACGAUCUUCGGACGCUCUGUCCGUCUGAACGUGUUGGACGAUACAAACUCAUUCAGACGAACUUAACUGAGCCAGACGUCGCUAAGAACGUUUCAUGAACUUAACUCCCUAAGUUUGGUUCGUCUCAUGAAAAGUUCGACGUUUGGCCUAAGCCUUUUUUUCUCUUUGUUACGCACUAUUUGCUUCACACAAAAUGUUUUGUGUAUUGCAGAUGUAUGUAAACCGGGCUGGUCAUAUUUUAAUGGUAUUUGUUACUCGACAAGCCAUUCGUGCAAGAAUUGGACUGAAGCUGAGAAAACCUGCCAAGCAUAUAGCGGCAACCUCAUCACUGUGCGGAAUCAAGAAGAAAACGUGUAUAUUCAGCAUCGGCUGAAUGGUGCCAAGGGCUGGAUUGGGCUAAACGAUAGGGUAAUUGAAGGUACUUUCGACUGGGCAGAUAAUCAAACCAGUAACUUUUCAUAUUGGGCGAAGAAUCAACCAAACAACUUCAACAAUGAAGAUUGCGUUCACACUUUGGGAGUCAGACAUAGUUUUAUGUGGAAUGAUGUAAGCUGUGGUACUUGCCAUAACUAUACCUGUUCAGAAGGUUUGUGGGUGACUUACCUCUUUUACACCUUUUGCUGUUCAUUACGAGAAAAUACGCAUUCAUUUGCGUAAAACGGCUACCAAAAGCGCGAAGAUACAUUCAUUAGCGCGAAAAAGCGAACAUUUGCGCAUAAAUCAGAUUCAAUAACGAUCUUUGCAUUUUAAUCAACAUUUAAUAACAUUUUUGGGCAUUCAUUUGCGUCAUUGGGCAUACAAAAGAGAAAAUAUACUUUCAUAAACGCCAACAUUCGAGUCAUUAACAUUAUCUUGAAAAUCAUUAGGGACAAUAGGCAAACAUUUAAGUGCAAGUGCUAUUCAUUAACAUUCUUCUGACACUGUUUGCAAUUCAAUAGCAUUUCUGGACAGCUUUAGAAUGGAUAAGACAAACAUUAAUGCGCUUGUACAAUCAAUUGAACGUUCUUUACAUUUAAUACACAAAAAUAUAUUUUCAAUUAAACAAUACCAAUCCCCCCCCCCAAAAAAAAAAAAAUUGGCCCGAAUUUGUUUAAAGAAUCACGCCGUACUUCGCCACUGUGUGUUCGUCGACGGCUAUACCACCUUAGACGGCCAGAAGUCAUGGUGGGGCGCGACAGGGAGUGGAGGGCGUACCGUCAAAUGUGCGGCCAACGAGGACGAAACUUGACUAUGACCAUGGCAAUAUUACCUAUCAAAUGUUUUCCUUGGCAGCUGCUGGAGUAAAGAAUACUGUGUCGGGUUUUCGGUGACUUUCUGGCACGGGCGAGGAAAAAAUGGGUCCCGAUAAGUCGGUGGUUUCUCUGCGCAGAAACAUGACAUUGUGACCGCAGCUAAAUGUGCUAAAGGGUACCAUUUCAUGCAAACCUACCUCCCUAAAUGUUUAAAUAGCGAGGUUUUUGAGGGAUAUACAUUUAAAGGACUGAAACUCAGGCCAAAUUUGUUUGAAUUUCUGAUGUUUAAUUGAAAACCGAUUUUUGUAUAUUAAAUGUAAAGAACACUCAAUUGAUUGUACAAGCGCAUUAAUGUUUGUCUUAUCCUUCCUAAGUUGUCCAGGAAUGCUGUUGAAUUGCAAACAGUGUCAUAAAAAUGUUAUUGAAUAGUGUUUGCACUUUAAUGUAUGUCAGUUGUCCCUAUUGACUUUCAAGAUGGUGUUAAUGACUUUGAUGUUGGCGUUAAUGAAAGUAUAUUUUUCUCUUUUGUAUGCUCAAUGACGCAAAUGAAUGCCCAAAAGUGUUAUUGAAUGUUGAUUAAAAUGCAAAAAUCGUAAUUGAAUCUGAUUUAUGCGCAAAUGAUCGUAUUUUCGCGCUAAUGAAUGUAUCUUCGCACUAUUGAUCGCCGUUUCACGCAAAUGAAUGCGUAUUUUCUCGUAAUGAACACCAAAAGGUGUAUAUACCAGCUGGCGUUACCAUUACUAUUAUCAUUAUUAUUUUUAUAUUAUUCAUUAGUUCCUAUUCAGAAGCAAUUUAAUUCCUAUUUGCCCCAAGCCUGUUUCAAAAAGAGAUUAUAAAAAUACUUCCUCAUGAAAGGGUUUGCUCUUGACCUCAUUUUGCAAGUGUGGGUUUUUAGAAAUCGAAAAUGGACCUCGAUAACCAAUAGGCCAUUUGCACGAUGACGUCAUUUUACUACCACUACCAGAAUCCUUCAGGGUAUUGCUUUCUUAUGCAAAUUACAGCUUUUGUUAUUUAAACCGCACUGGGAUUAGCAAAUUUAAAUAUGAAAGAAAAAACGAAAAGAAUUGUGGUCCUAGUAGUGAAAAGGCGUCGUCGUGCAAAUGGCCCAUUUCUCUGGCUUCUUAGCUGACAAAACGUUUGAGUUUACUUUAAAUCUGUUUGUUGCAGAAAUAGUAUUAAUAAAAGGAUUAGUCUACAAAGAAAAAUAGGCACUACCAGUGCGAAAACAUAGAAUAGACGUCACAAAACAGGAUCCAUAAGCUGGCGCUUUUGGCACUGCAUUACCCUUUCAUACACAACAGAUUUCGUGCUGAGUGACUCAUAUGAGCAACGAUUUUAAAUUUUAUUCUUUUGUUAAGAAAGUUGAUUGAUAGUCGAUCGUUUCAUUAUUUAUUUUGCAGGUUGAUUGAGUGAAUGAUUGUUUUAUAUUCGUUUUUAAAAUUAGAUUUUGAUGAAUGUGGAGGAAACAAUAACCAUUGUCAUCAGAACGCCAUCUGCACAAACACUAUUGGCUCUUAUAGUUGCCGGUGCUCCGUAGGAUAUGCCGGUGAUGGCUUGCUUUGCAGAGGUAUUAUGUUCGAAUCCCCAAGUUGUAGUUUUUCUUUUAAUUCAUGAAGCAUAAUCUUCAAAGAACCUCAUACAAUGGUAAAGAGACAUCUUUUGUGAGUUUAAGGCUUGCUUGGGGCGAAUUUAAAAGGUACAAUAAGCAUGCUUUUACCGUAAAAUUGCGUGAAAAUUUAUUUUUCAGCUAAUUCCUUAGAGGGGUUUAAAUACGGAGCAACGUAUUAUAAUAGUAAAAUAAGCGUUUAAACAUGGGCUGGUAUAAAUUAAGAGGGAGAUCUUCUCAGCAACUUUUUUUUUUCUAGUUUCAAAGAUGAUAAAAUUUGGACAUUAACCUAAUCUCUAUGAACAACACUGAGCAAUGAAGUUUAUUAACUAUCCUAAGUUUAUAGUUCAUAGGCAUACAGACCAUACUAUAUAUAGUUGUGAAUACAGCCCAAAAAGGGAACUAAAGUAGGUACGGUUGUUGAUUUCCCGCAAUUUCAAAUUCUAAGCUCUCACAGACUGCGUAGCUUUCCGCUCUGGUUACAACUUUCUCAACAAACCCGAGCGGGAACGCUUAUUAGAUCUUGUAAGGCAGGCUAAAGCUUUCGGGGAUUCAUUUUGAGAGGCUUUCUUGUAUGUUGAUGGGGCUGAUAUGCCAGAAGCUUCAAACUCCUACGGUACUUCGAAUUCCUUGAAACUUUCGUAAAGACUAUUUUUGUUUGCUCCAGAUAUCGACGAAUGUUCCUCAGGUCACCGGUGUGACAGCAGUGCGACAUGUUAUAAUACUGAUGGAUACUACACGUGCACAUGUAACAGCGGCUUCACGGGGGAUGGACGAACCUGUCGAGGUAUAAACCUUUGACCAAAUACUGAAUACUAUUAACGACAGCUCUGUAAAGCAUUUCGAUAGAUUAGGUUGGCUGCCAGUAGGUGACAUCAUAACGGCUUGGAAACUAAAAUUUCGAGGACGUUUUUGGCCUUUUUACAUUUAGGGCAUGAAUUUUUCGUCAUUUCAGGCCAUGGAACCUAAAAAUGAGCCUAGCUAGCUGUAAAAAGGGGCAAUACGGAGGCAAUACGUCCUAGCCGGCAUGAUCACAUGCUGUUUACGGAAAAUUCCCUCAUCCAUGUCAGGAAAUUCUGUACCUUAAAGCCUCCCCUAGGGCAUGACUCAGCAAUUGAGGACAUUUCUGCUACGUUUUCAAUGUUGGUUAGCAUGCAAGGAUUUUUCCCAUGCCUAUCGUCAAUGAUUUGCUCACUGGUAAUAGAGGGGGUGGCCCCAGAGUGGUUUUGCAUUGAAAUUGGCAUGCAACAGAAUCUCGCAUGCCCUGUAAGCAUAAUUUGAGGUUCUGUGACCUUCUCACCCAGGCCGCGAGAAGCCUAGGUUCUAGUAAUAAGUAAUUCAUACCCAGCAAAAUCUCCGGCAUGCCGGGCAUGCCAAAUUUUCUGACAUGCCCGGCAUGCUAAAUUCUCUGGAAUGCCGGGCGUGCCAUAAUCUGGGUCAUGCCGGGCAUGCCAAAAUCGAUCUCUGGCACGCUCUCAACGCACAGGUUAUAAUUCCUUGAAUCUACAGAUAUUUUAAGCGUGGCUAAAAAAAAAAAAAAUUAACAGAUCACAGUGCUUAUCUUUUGAUGUACGGUUACACGAUGACGUCAUUGCUAUUCCUUUCAUUUUCAUAGAUUUGGUUGUCCCAGCGAAGUUUAAAUAACAAAAGCUCUAAUUUUCACAAGAAAGUAAAACCCUGAGGGAUUCUGCCGAAGUAAUAAAACAGCGUCAUGGUGGAAAUGACCUGUUGGGGGAUGCUAAAAACUCCUCACCCCUUUUAAUGAGUCUUUAAUAGGAUUCCCUCUUCACAUUGCGAAUAAAAUGGAAUUGACUGAAAUCAGUAAAAAGAGAGACAGAGACUAUUUUCAUUGUAUAAUAAAAUGCAUCUAUGUUCCAUGAAAGCUUUUAAAAAUACAAGGUUAUGGAAUAUCUUUCAAAAGUUCAUUACAAACUGAGCUAAGCCCCAAAAUCACUGUUUAUUAUUCAGUAAAUUAUGAUAUUUGACAAUGCAAUGUGCUUGAAUAUAUAUAACGUUGCAAUUACAAAUCUCUCUAACGCAAUUUUCCCUACGUUAGAAAAGCUGUUUUUGUCUUGUUUCACAUUUUGAUAAGGAGUCUGAGUUCCUCUCUCUUGUUUUGUAGGCUUGCCAGAGAUUAAUGUUUUUGUGUCAUUACCAGUGUCUGUGUUCUUUGUCUUUAACUCAAAGUAAGUCGGUAAUAACUGACAGUAUCAAAGAAUUGCUCUCUAGAAAAGUAAUUAUCUCCUAGUCAUGUCUGGAAGUUACCUGUAACAAAAAAGAAAUGGAAUGUUAACACAUGCAAGGGCAAUAUGAAAAAAAGAAAUAGAACAUGUAGAGCUCAGCUUCUCUUAACAUAUUUUCAUACUGGCUUGUUGAGUCUGUUAAAGGUCGCAACUAAUUGUCUGAGGCUAAUUUCACAAGAGUGUGCAAUUGAGAUAAAUACAUGGUAAAUAAAGUGAAAGAAACGUGGUUUCACAUUAGCCAAUUUAUUGCGUUGUUCGAUGAUGUUUACACGCUUUUCUACUGCGAAAUAAACCUUUGCAUUUGGAUUUGCAAGUAAAGAUCAUACCGAGUUUGACUGACACUUAAUUGGACAACAGUUUCAUUUUUAGGCAGGCAAGGUGUAGACCCAUAUAAAGCCGGAAUAUGUAAAGGAAACUCAGCGAAAACUUUUUCGUAUCUCUUUGUGGCGAUAUUCUCUCACGGCCCGUCAACUGAUUAGGGGUUGCGAAGAAAAAAUAAAUUAGGACCAAAGGUUAAAGCCUGUCCGGUUACAUCAUUUCGUAUGUUACCUAGAGUUCUAAUAAAUAGGUCAUAAAAUAGGAUUUAACGAGAGCGAAUUUGUUUCUCAAUCGGUGUAUAAAAAAGUGAGGCUACCAAAUGAGAAGUUUAUAGAGUAUCAAAAUUAUUAAAUUAAAAGCUCAUAUAAUUAGGAAAAUUCCUAUACGAAAACAAUGCUAGUGACGCUAAAUUGAUCAGAUAAAAUUCUCAGAAAAUAUGUCGAAUAAAAGCCUCAUUGUUUGCUUUUGUUUUUGCGUAAAGGUAAAUUUUUCGGCCCACAAAGCAAAGUUGAAAAAGCGACUAAAUCUUAGUUUUUUUACAUUGAACAUGUUUAUUACCUUAGUUUUCAUCCGUUUUAAAAGCUUUAUAACCCAAUCAUAAUUUUCGGGUUAAAAUAGUACAAAAUGAUUUCAAAAACCAUGUUCAUUUAAAGCAGAGCCGGCAAACGUGAACAUUUUGUAAUUCAAAAGUCGGACCCAGCCAGGUUGUUUAAGCUUACAAUUAUUUGCAUUUUAGCGUCCUAUAAAUUGACCAGAAUCGCCUCUCAGAGGCUUACUGUAGCAAAGCAUUUUGUAGUACACUCGUAGGCAAGCAAUGUAAGCCUUUAAAAGUCUUUGCUUGGAUGAGAUGUCCAAAAGAAAAAUUAGUUUUGUGGACCUAAACGCACAUUCACAGACUGCUUAUAUUGAGUUGUUUACAACUUUGCAUUGACACGCGAAGCAUGUUCAUUUUUUUAAACCGAAAUCCAAAUCUGAUUUUGGCAUUUGAUUUACGGAUAUUUUAUUUUGUCUCCAAAAGUGAUUGUAAAAUCCGUUUGAUUGUCUUUCAAACAACAGUCAAACUAUGCAGCAAAAAUAAGUAACUUUACCAGUACAGUGGAAAAAUAUGACCGUAGGUGCCAAACAUAAAUAAUCUCGAGCUAUAAAAUUAUUUUAGCUUUGGUUUCUUAUUUUUGAAGUUUUCUCUGGUCUUCUUAGCAGCAGAAGAAGAUUACAAGACAUACAAACAGAAACAAUCCGAAGUGAACGAGUUCACAACCACUUAUGCCGGAGUUCUUAGGCAUGCUCAAUAGCAAGAUAAACUGAAUGCCAAAAGGCUAAUUCACGGGAUUUGUUCGAUAUUCAGGCUUUUUCUUUACCAAAUUAAUACUAAAUUUGUACUUACAGUCUCUCGCAGAAUCCAUUUCUUGUCCAGCAUUCACCAACAUCUCAACCAUGCACCGCAGAAAAAAAAGACAAACAAGUGCGAAGAGACAUGACGACAUCGUGACGCCACAACUGCCACGCUACAACAAACUAGAUUCCUCGUCAUCCGAAAAUACUUCUGGGGAAAUUCGGCCGAUUUCGUGCGUGCUCGGGGUAUCUUCGGAUGACGCUGAUGACGUUGCUCAAAGGACUAUCGUCAGCAAGGAGUAAAACAGUUUGCGAGAUUCGCAUAGCCGACAAGGAGCGCACUGAAAAACUAAGCAAAAUCUCUCUGAGAGGGCAGUCCAAAUUCACCAAAUCAGAACGUCUUUGCAGUAUUCGUACUCUCGUUCUGACUUGAACGACCUGGUAAGCUUCAUUUUCACCAGUCUUUUAAUGCUGUUGACCGGGAAACAUUCCGACGCGAUAAAACUUAAGCAUGGAUAAGUUUAUACUGAGAAGAUUUGUUAUCUUAUUGUUUAAGACGCUUUUCCGCGAUCAAAUUUAAAUCUGGACCCAGAAAUGUCAGUAUCGGUUUGAAAUAAAAGGAUUAAUCUUUGAUUGCAAGUUAAGUAUUCUAUUUUAUGCAUGAAUAAUGUUGUUUUGUUGUGCUUUUUAUUUAUAAAUCCAGGCUUCUGUCUUCAGUUUUGCGAUCUCGUGACACACGUGACAAACAUGACUUUUUUUGUUAUAAUCUGCAUUUAUUGCCAGGCAUGAAACCUGUAACUUCAAGCUCCUUAAGAUAUAUUUGGCGAUUAUAUGUGAUUCGCAAGAUAUGAUGCUGAAGUGAAAAUCAAAAUCAGUCUCGUUGGGCAUGCCAAUUUCUUGCCUGGCCUGCCGAGCAUGCCAAACCAAGUGGCUUCAACAUCGGCAUGCCCGGCAUGCCAAACCAGAGGAGCAAAAACUGGGAAUGAAUUAUCAACCCGGCGAGAGAUCUGGGACCUAAGUUUAGCUGGGUCAAUUUUGGGCUGCGAGGGCAUGAACCCAUUUUUUCCAUGCCUGUGAGAUGUUAUUUCUAAGUACCAAUGUUCCCUUGAAUUUUGUCAUGCCUAAAUGUAUAAAAUUUUCCCUCUCUCAUUAAUCCUCAGACUGGAUGCGAUUUUUACGCUCGCUAGGCAUGUUCAACUGAAAAUCAUGCCCAUACCCUUAUUCAAAACAAAAUGCUAUCAAAUUUUAGUUUCCAAGCCGUUUCAUGCGUUUAAGAAAACUUCUCAUUCUACACAAAGUGAGUCAAGAUCAGCGUCCUGAUUAUUUUUACGUCCUAUUUCAAACAUGUCCGUUCUUCACAUGAUCAUAGUACUAGAUCCGCCGCUCAUAACACACGUCCUGCCACCACUCUGUUAAAGAAACUCAGGACUUAGUGUAAGAAGUUCGCAAGUGCCUAUCGUUCAUAGAAUAAGUUAGGUCACUCGUAUAUAAUUUCCCACGCAAUGUUCAGAAAAGCUGAGCACAGGAUAAGUUUACCAAUUGAGACACUGAACGCCUCGUUAGCACAUUUCAAGGUUUUCAGCUCUUUUUAGACUUUUAUGGAAGUUGUAGAAUUUAAUAUUUUUAUUUUUUCAUAACUAAUACCUUUUGUGUGGAGGGGGAUUAUGAAAACAAUCCAGUAAACGGUAUCGUUUCCACCCUCGUUGUUCUUCUUGCUCUUCUUCUUCUUCUAGCCUCGGUUCCUUUGGCCACUGUGCACAUCCUCUCUUGAUUUUUCAUUUAUUAAUAUUUGAAUACUUAUAGCACAUUUCUGUAAGAAAAUUAUGUAUUCUGUAUGUGUAAGAUUCAUUCAUCUGAACGGUGCAAAUAAAGUUGAAGUUGAAGCUCUUCUUCUUCUUCUUCUACUGAUGUCGUUUUAGAAACAAAAAGCAAACUGCGGUGAUAAACAUAAGGAAAUAUGAACGGAAGAAAAAAGACUUUAACUUGACGUUUCGUAUGUUCCAAACAUACAUCUUCAGUGGGCUAAACUGAAGCCCGAAGGGUUGUCAUGAGUAAAAUCAUUUUCUCGGUCGAGCCCUCUGCUUACUUGCAGAUCUGAAUUCGCCUUUGCUUACAUUGAAAGCCAUCUCUUAAUGGUCUGCUACUGUUCUUUUUAGGUCUUGAAAAGUUCACUCCUAUUCAUGACUAUGACAUUCGUAGACAAAAAAGAAGAUCCAGCUUGAAAUAAAUAAAAGUCUUGUUAUCUCCCAGAUGUUGAUGAAUGCUCGCUCAGCACCCAUGACUGUCACUCCCAUGCAAUCUGCACUAACACAGAAGGCUCAUUUACUUGCAAGUGCGACCUGAAUGUGCAUUACAUUGGUGACGGGAAAACAUGUACUCCUCAUCGUAAGCCGAAUUAUAUGUUUUACUUCAUUUUGUUCUCUUCGUUUUACCACCCUGACAAUUGUUAACUUCUAUUUUGUGGGAAAAAGUAUCCACCAAUAUUUAUGUCGCCAAAGAGCAACCCCUCGCCUGCCUGUCGAUCAUCUUGAUUAUGCUCUUGUCCAAGAAUAUACUCUUAAUGACAUUUCAAAUGUACCGAAAGCGAGAUUUGCUCGUUUAUUACUAUUUCGAUGGCUUCUGACUUUCUUGGGUACUUUAAUUUUGAGUGUAUUUUAGGCUAACCCAGCCGAUAUUUUGAAUUAGUCAAGUGUAAUUUUUUUAAGGUAUAGCAAAUACUGGAGUCAUUUUCGAAAUACAGCAUCUUUUAAAAGGAUGAUUUUCUGAUUUACUUUCUUUUUACCAGGUGGUCUCGAUGACUCCGUUAUUUUAGCGAACGAUGCCAGCAAGAUAUCGCAGUUAAAUACCUGGCUUCUUCCGCACUUACAAAGUCCAGACAAAAGUUAUUGGAAACUGUGUUAUAGGGCCUCUAAUCAUGGCUGGAGUUCACAGACCUUUCACAGAAAUUGCGAUAACAAAGGACCCACUGUAACAAUUGUUAGGGUCAGGAUCUAUAUUUUUGGAGGCUACAACGACAAUUCAUGGCAGUGUAAGUCUUUGAAAUAGCUAAGAUACGAAGAAGGUAUCGACCAGUUGAACUGAAUUAAAACCGGGGGUUAUUAACCCCAAAUGUAAAAGGGAGGAGAGACUGGGCCUUUACAAUUUUCGCAAAUAGUUCAAAACAAGUCUAGUCUUAACUAGAUUGUCAUUAAUCACUCGCAAAACUGCUAAUUGGAGAGGAUUGUGAGGUAAGAUCGGUAAGAGUUUAAUCAAAUACUCGCAACCUGACAAUCUAAUCCAAAGUCACAACAUUGCUGAAGCAUGAACUGCAUUCUAAAAAUUUGCCAUCGUUAUUAUUGGGAAAAAUUACUGACAACCUGUAGUUUUGAUUGGCUGAUGACAACUGUUUUAGCCACUGGCUCCUCCUUGUACAACGGCUUGGCCGUGCGUUUUCUUGUACGAUCGGGGAUUAGACGCAUCCAGAUCUAGAAAAAUAAAUGUUUGUUCGGCUUAAAACGCUUCGAACAUGUCACCAAAAAACUGUGCUGAGUCCUCGGGCUGCUUUAUUUAUUAUUUAUUUAUUUAUUAUGUUUUUAACAAGUGCGUUUGAGGUGGGGUAUGGGGCUUAGUGGAGAAGGUCGGGCUUAAUACUACUGUACUGCAGCUGGUUCUACCAGUUCUUUUUCUUGAAAUCUGAGAGUGGUGGACCGCCGUUUCUUUUAAAUUUCUAAUGGAAAAGCCCUGGGGACGAAUUUGGUGGCAACUUGUGAUGCUCCAAUUCAUGAGGAUUUGAGCGUGAUUUAUGUGGUAUUUGACGCAUUAUAUACUACCUCCCUGCUCUCAGUAUUUACUAACCCACCACCGUUUCCUAAAAAAUACACCAUUUUAUAGCUGUGGGCUUAGUAUCCUAGACUUUGAGUGAGUGCAAGACUGAGGUUGACCAUGAUAGAUAGAUAUUUAGAUAGUUUAAUUACCAGUACUUUGCAGCCCAAAUGCUGAAUUGCGUAUUUACAAAUGAUGCAAUUGAUAAAAUGUGUAUAUAAAACUAAUUACAGUAAAUAAAAAAGGUGAAAAAUGUGAUAAAAAGUCUAAACAUUUACGUACAGGAUCUGAUAAUAAAACUAUUCCUAAAACGAUCUGUCUUCCAUUUAGGUACAAUGAAGCGCCUGUUGCACCUUAGAGCAUAACCAAGUUUUGAUACAAACCUCCUUUGUUUUCUUAUGAAAAUUAUACUUAAAAAGUACUGGUUAGAAUGAAAAAAAAAAACGAUUUACAUAUUAAGAAAGCAGAAAUGGUUGUAUCAAAGCAAGGUCCACUCCAGCCUCGCUUCCAUCCAUAAUUGUAAAAUGGUCUAUUGAACUCGGCUGAGUUAUACUCAAUCUCUAAUUGUUUGUGUUCUGUUUUUUGUCUCUUCAGGGUCUGCUGGUUAUCAAUAUUCGACAAAUACCUUCUUGUACUCACUGAAAAACUACUACGGGUAUGGAUACUUCAAACAGGACAUAAUGAACGGCUACAAGACCACCGCCACUUACAGCUAUUAUAAUUAUGGUCCAACCUUUGGUGGGGGCCAUGAUAUGUAUAUUGCGGACAAUGCGGGAGGAAAUACCAAGUCUUCCUUUUACUGUAACUCGUACCGCAGAGGUCCCUAUUGUGACGAUUAUCUCUGGGUUGGAUCACGAUACGGGAAUAAUUUCCGCCCAGAUGAGUUGGAGGUUUAUUAUGAAGUGCUUGCUUGAAACCGGGCGGCAACAUAAAACAAAGAAAGCAUCAAAAAGAAACAAACAAACAGCAACAACAACAAUCAAAACAAAAACAUCAACAGGCCAACAAAAAUAAGUCACAGCAAAAAAUAAAUAAAUAAAUAAUCAGCUCUCCGCCUUUUACUAUACCUUUGCUGAGAAAGAAAGCUACCAUCUCUUUCAUGAUAUUUUCAAAGUAACUCCACUCAUGACAAAAAGGGUGAUUAGCAACUAACGUGUACAAAUUAUUAUAUUUGGAGCUUUCGCAUUAUCAAUAGCCGAAGUUUCAACAACAAAAUGAGGUGUUAAAACACCAACAGCAGUUAACCAUAGCACGACCGGUUUUGUCGUUAUGAUGGACCAGAAGGAAUUUUUUGUUGGUAGUGUAGUUCCAUGUUGGGAGUUUGCUAUAACGGAGUAUUUUCGGUUGUUAGAACUUAUCCCUGU